AUGUCUACUCUUGUCUCGUUUUUCAAGGACCAAAACAUCAUUGAUGUCUUAAAGAACGCAAUUCAUGGUCAACAACGACAAGGCACCAUUGCACGCUCAAUGACCAUCCUUUCUCUUGCCGUUGCCAUAGCAACUUAUGCUGUGCAUCGGAUGCGAUUGUAUUCAGUGAAAGAACAUGGCGUUCCUUUGGUUCCUUACGUAUUGCCCUUUAUUGGCUCUUCACCCGAAUACCGGAAAGAUCCUAAGGCCUUCCUUGAUAAAUGGACAGCCAAAUUUGGUCCCGUGUUUAGGGCUCAUAUUUUUGGAAGGGUUCACACCAUUAUUUCGGGACUCUAUGUUCGCGAGGUGUUUCUCAAUGACGAUUUUAGCUUUGAAGUGGGGAUGGGAAAGACUUUUGACGGGUGGUUGAUCACUGAUACAAAGAAAUCAGAGUUGUUCAAUACUCCUCUUGUUCGAAGCGUGGUCAUGAAGCAUCUUGCAGUGGAUGUAAAGAACUAUACACCACGUGCAGUGGAGCAUUUGGCCAUUGCAGCCCAUGAAAUGCUUGACAAUAUGGCUGAAUCAAAGGAGCUACCACACCUGUAUCCUUUAGUUCAGAACAUGGUAGCUAGGGCCAUUGCUUCCAUUUUAGUGGGCUUAAAGCUUUGUAAAGACAAAGAGCUUCUUGAAACAUUCAAAAACGUUGCCGUGGAUAUCGGCUCGGAGCUUAAUCCCGAUAAUUACCUUUACGAAGCGUUUCCUACCAUUUCCAGAUUACGACAAUGGUAUUUGGGCAAAUACGGCAAGGCGAUCAAUAAGCAUCAAGAGCACAUGUUACGUGUAUUGGGGCCCGAAAUUGACGAGAGGCUUGCUGCUAUGGAAAGAGGAGACGACGAGUGGGAAAGACCAGAGGACAUCUUGCAAGGAGUUCUCGAAACCGCCAAGCUCACCUCGGAUCAUCCACAACGCUACAUGAUGCCAAUCAAAUGGUUUUUAAUCUUGGUGUUUGCAUCGAUCCAUACAACUAGCCAAAACACAACCGUCACCAUGUACCGCCUUUUGCAAGAUCCCAAAGUCAUUGACGAGCUAUUGGAAGAACAAAACCAAGUAUUUGAAAAGCAUCAUGGCUCUAAUUAUGAUGAUCACGAUAUCACCAAAUUGCUCACAGGUGAAGUGAUCAAGGAUCUUGUCAAACUUGACAGCGUAUGUCGUGAAGCCAUGCGAUUCAGCAGCUUUUAUGCUGAGCUUCCUCAUACCUAUAUUGGAAAAUCUCCUCUUACCAUGUCGAAUGGUGCUAUCAUCAACCCUGGCGAUGAUGUUCUAAUCAAUGGGUAUGCAAACCAUCACGAUCCUGACAUCCAAAUUGAUGGGGGUGGUGACUAUGCUGAAUUCAAGCCAUUCCGCUUUGUGGAAAAAGGUCGUCAAUCAACAAGAAUUGGGGAUGAUUACUUGAUAUUUGGUCAAGGAAAACACGCUUGCCCUGGACGUUGGUUUGCAAUGCAAGAGAUGAAGACAACGAUAUCAUUUCUUAUUCAACAAUACAUCAUCACUGCCAAAGGAGACAUCACAUUUCUCAAAGGUCAUAGACAAAAGAUCCCCAUGGGGCAAGUCAUUUUCCAAAGGCGACAAUAA